ACCUGUUCCGGUUUCCUGUGGCCCCCGCCUCCUCCCCGCACCUCACACACAUCCCCGGACAUGGCUCUGUGAGACAGCACAUGGCGGCCGCGGCCAUGCAGAGCCCCCCCAAACCAUCCAACAGCCCCCCGCUCCUCCUCCGUCACUAGACACCCAACACUACGCCCGACACACCCGUCAUCCCGCAGCCAGCCAUGGGGGUGCACGGUUUCCAGGACUACAUCGAGAAGCGCUGCCCGGGCGCGGUGGUACCAGUGGAGCUGCAGAAAUUGGCCCGGGGCAGCCUAGUUGGGGGCGGGCGGCAGAGACCCCCCCAGACCACCCUCCGCCUGCUCAUCGACGCUGAGAACUGCCUGCACCGGCUCUACGGCGGCUUCUACACCGACUGGGUGAGCGGGGGCCAAUGGAACCACAUGCUGGGCUACCUGGCCGCCCUGGCCAAGGCCUGCUUUGCCGGCAACAUCGAGCUCUUCGUCUUCUUCAACGGCGCCCUGGACAAGGCCCGGCUUCACGAGUGGGUGAAGCGGCAGAGCAACGAGCGGCAGACCGGCCAGCAGAUCAUCAGCCACGUACAGAACAAGGGCACCCCGCCCCCCAAAGUCUGGUUCCUGCCCCCCGUCUGCAUGGCCCAUUGCAUCCGCCUGGCGCUCGUCCGUUUCCACAUCAAGGUCGCACAGAGCAUUGAAGAUCACCACCAAGAAGUCAUUAGUUUCUGCCGUGAAAAUGGAUUCCACGGUCUGGUUGCCUACGACUCAGACUAUGCUCUGUGCAACAUCCCUUACUACUUCAGUGCCCACGCGUUAAAGCUGAGUCGCAACGGGAAAAGUAUCACAACCAGCCAGUAUCUGAUGCACGAGGUGGCCAAACAGCUGGACCUCAAUCCCAACCGCUUUCCCAUAUUUGCAGCUCUUCUAGGUAACCACAUUUUACCUGAUGAAGAUUUAGCCGCUUUCCAUUGGAGCUUACUUGGACCAGAUCAUCCAUUGGCUUCACUGAAAGUCCGUGCUCACCAGCUUGUUUUACCCCCUUGUGAUGUUGUAAUCAAAGCGGUUGCUGACUAUGUGCGCAAUAUCAAGGAUACAAAUGAUUUGGAUGCAAUCUCUACAGAUGUUUUCCAGCAUUCACAGUCCAGAACAGAUGACAAAGUUUCCCGGUUCAGGAGAGCGGUCGCUUACUACAGGGCCACCAACAAGCCACUGCCAUAUCCACCAGCUCCGUACCCUGGGAGACCACUUCCAAAUAGAGACCACGGUAUGAUGCAGGUUUACCCACCUUCUCAAAUGGUUCCUCCGGCUUCUGUACAAUCUAAGUCUAUGGCCCCACACAUGUCUAGUCAUAGUGGUGCUAACGUUAAAGGUCCAUAUCCGUACAACCUGCCUGAGUCCGCAGCCUCCAUCAGUCCCACGAGUAAAAGUGUGCCUGAGCAGAACAACUACAGUAACAUUCCUCAGGAAGGCAAGCACACACCCCUGUAUGAGCGGUCUUCUCCCAUAAAUCCGGCACAGAGCGGGAGCCCCAACCAUGUAGAUUCUGCCUACUUUCCACGCUCUUCUACUUCAUCCUCCUCUGACAAUGACGACGGCAAUGGAGGAGCCAGCAACCACAUUAGCGGAACCAAGCCUGGCUGGGAUAAAAAGAAUAAGUCAUCUGGAAAAACAAAUAAGGAUCCCACAGACCAGACCAAGACUGAUAGUCCCUCAUCCACCACAUCCGGAAUCAAAGCCGCUGACAAGAAAGGUAACCAGGGAGGUCUGCAGAUUCCUUGUCUCCUCUCCAUGCCCACCCGGAAUCAUAUGGAUAUCACAACUCCUCCUCUGCCUCCCGUUGCACCUGAAGUAUUGAGAGUAGCAGAGCAUCGUCACAAGAAAGGGUUAAUGUACCCCUACAUUUUCCACGUCCUGACAAAGGGAGAAAUAAAGAUUCCGGUUACUAUUGAAGAUGAAACAAAUAAGGACCUUCCCCCUGCUGCCAUCCUCUUCAGACCAGUGCGCCAAUAUGUCUAUGGAGUCCUGUUCAGCCUGGCAGAAAGCAGGAAGAAAACGGAGCGUCUAGCUUUCAGGAAGAAUAGAAUGAUCCCUGAAUAUUAUCCAGUCAUCAUUAAAGAGUGGGCAGCCUAUAAAGGGAAGUCCCCCCAGACUCCAGAACUGGUGGAAGCUCUCGCCUUUAGGGAAUGGACCUGUCCCAAUCUGAAGCAGCUGUGGUUGGGGAAAGCUGUGGAGGACAAGAAUCGGAGGAUGAGAGCUUUUCUGGCAUGUAUGCGAUCAGACACACCAGCCAUGCUGAAUCCUGCCAAUGUGCCCACGCACCUCAUGGUGCUGUGCUGCGUGUUACGGUAUAUUGUGCAGUGGCCUGGUAUCAGAAUACUCAGGCGCCAGGAGCUUGAUGCCUUCCUUGCCCAGGCACUGUCGCCUAAACUGUAUGAGCCUGAUCAGCUUCAGGAACUUAAGAUCGAUAACUUGGACCCCAGAGGGAUUCAGCUGUCUGCGUUGUUCAUGAGCGGCGUGGACAUGGCUCUCCUAGCCAAUGACGCCUGUGGACAACCCAUUCCCUGGGAGCACUGCUGUCCUUGGAUGUAUUUUGAUGGAAAGUUGUUUCAGACCAAACUCAUUAAAAGCACCAGGGAGAAGGCCUCACUAAUUGACCUCUGUGAUGGUCAGGCGGAACAAGCUGCUAAGGUGGACAAGAUGAAACAAAGCAUCCUGGAAGGGCUACACUUUUCCAGGCAAAACUACCCACUGCCAUUCCCACCUCCUCCCGCCAUGCCUUUUUACCCUGCUGCUAUGUACCCACGACCUUUUGGACCAAUGCCUCCACCGCCAGGCAGAGGAAGAGGAUUCUCUGGCGAGUGGGUCCAGCCCAUUCCUUCUCAAGGAGGAAAGCUUGAGAUAGCCGGGACGGUAGUUGGCCAGUGGGCAGGGACUAGACGUGGUCGUGGCAGAGGACCAUUUUCCUUGCAGGUGGUUUCUGUUGGUGGACCAACUCGAGGUCGCCCCAGAGGAGUUAUAUCCACCCCAGUUAUACGAACAUUUGGAAGAGGGGGCAAAUACUAUGGAAGAGGAGGAUACAAGAACCAAGGGGCAUCUCAGACCAAGCCACCAUAUGCUACUUCUGCGGCGGAAGUGGCCAAAGAGCUUAAGACACAAUCCGAAGACUCGUGUAAAUCAUCUGCUGUGUCUUCAGAUGGAUCUCUGACUGAGAACGGUGUGGGAAAUGAGGAAACACAAGCUUCCCAAAUAAACGGAGGCACAGGAGAGGUCCAGGCUUCCAUUCACGCUGAAAGUGCCUUAAGCAAUGACUCUAAACCGUGCAAUACGAAUCCUCAUUUAAAUGCACUAGAUCCAGACAGCGAACCUCUCGAGGAAGAGACGCUUGAGGCCGCUGUCUUAAAAAAAGAAGAGUAAACUUAUUUUUCUAGAGGGUGAAGGAUGUUUAGACAGUUCAGGGUUAGGAAUAUCUGGAAAGAUGGAGAGCCUACAGUUACGUACAUUUUUUCCUUUCCGUAAGUGAAAAAUGAGGUUUUGGAAAUUCGGAUCCCUCUUUUGAUGUUAGACUUAAAAAGAGAAAAGAUUUUAUUUUACAUUUUAACCAGUUGCAGUCAAAAUGCUGCAAGGAUAUAAACAAACAAAACAUAAGCUGAGUAUAAGCAUUUGACACCCAUACUUUAAUGAAACAUGAGCAAAGUUAAAUACUGGUUACAACGAAAAAACUAAAUAAGCCGCUUGUUCUAUUUCUUAAGACAAAAUCAAACACACACACACACAAACACACACACACACACAUACACACAUGAACAUCUUGACUAUGAUUUGUAGUAUCUGGCACCAUAUAUAUAUAUAUAUAUAUAUAUAUGCCAUUAUAUUUGAUUUUACAUUACUGUGUCACAAGAUAGGAGAAGACCAGAUCGGAAACUCAGGUUUCCGGAUUGUAAUUAUGAAAUAUGGCACAAACAGUUUUUGUUUUCUUUCAUUCUUUAUUAUUGCAUCGCUGUUGAUGUGGUUUUUCGUUUAGUAGUAAAAUGUGCAACUUAUCGGAACACAACAAAUUAUAGCAUAACAUUGCAGAUUUUUGCUGAUAUUUUAAAUACUCAUCAUUACUCACCUUUCAAGCAAGAUCUAAAAUCAUAGAAAAAUAAAAAAAAAGCACCUGACCUUUUUUCUGAAACGAGAAAACAGGCAUUCUCAGUUUCCGUGAUACUGUUAUACCAUGCAUCUGUGAUCAAUGAAGUUGUGUGGUUUUUGAAUCAGGCGUAGACCAUUAGUGCUACUAUUGACCUGCAUGGUUCAUCAUUUUAAGGUGUGUAGUUAAUAUUAUGCAUGUUCUUGUCCUAUUUCUGCCAAUCUUACAAGUUCUGUGCCCAUCUGCAAAACAAGAAAAAAAAAAACCUAAUAAUCAGUAAUAGUUCUAUGAAAGAUGUUACUUAUGUUUAGUCAUUGACUGAUCUCGCUCUGACCUUUAAAAAAAAAAAAUUUGUGAUUAUUGACCUCUGUUGCAUUUAUCCUUAAACAAAAAAAAAAAUAUCUAGCCGUUUAAAUAUCAACGUUUCACUGGUGUAUCCAUUGCUGUAUUGCAUUAUUGUUCUUUGUUGCUGUUUUCACAUUAGAAAAUAUGAAUUCUGUGGAAAAAAAAAAAUCAUAAAGUACUUUGAUCUUUAAACCUUUUCCCCACCCCUCACUACUUUAGCAGGGCAGGUUUUCUCUUUCAGGAAUGUAGCCUUAUCCUACACAAAGUACACCUGUAUCAUUUUGAUGUUUCUGUUAGUGUUUCCAAACUUUUAAAUGUACUUUUUGGAAAAGAAUCCAAAUCAUUUCUUUCUUUGUUUUCAUAUAAUUCUCCUAAUGCUCAUCACUCAUUAGUGAUCAGAAAUGCGGUGUAACUCCCCCCAUUCCUUGCCCGCAAAAGCUGAGUAGGUAUUUUUAAUGUAAGUUGAAAGGAGUUUUGCCCCAACUCAUGGACUGUGCAAGAAUGAACUGCUGUUGGCUUUGUCUGGAAGUCGGUGGAUUGUGGUGCGUUAUGAUUGAAGGCUAUUGAAUGCAACUUACAAUGCUUAAUAAAAAUCUUUAUUCUUUUAGUAUAAA